AUGCCGAAAUACGAUCUUCAUGGUGAUCCAAUGAAGGCUGGUCCUCAACCAAAAUUCAAACCGCAAGAACAAGAUUCACCUGGUUUCGAAUCGAAAAUGGAUCCACUUCCAGACUACGGUCUCGAUAGUUACAAAGGUUCGGGCAAACUUCAAGAUAAAGUUGCUGUUAUCACUGGUGGUGAUUCUGGCAUUGGCCGAGCUGUUGCUUUAGCAUACGCACGUGAAGGGGCAAACAUUAUCAUUUCGUAUUUAAACGAACAUCACGACGCACAAGAAAUUCAACAAGCUGUCGAGAAAGAAGGCCGAGAAUGUAUUUUAGUGCCUGGCGAUAUCAGCAACGACGAACAAUGUCGACUUGUGAUCGAUGCUGCUGUAUCCAAGUACAAACGAAUUGACAUCCUAGUCAACAAUGCUGCUUAUCAAGGAAAACAAGUAGAUGAUAUCCAAGAACUCGAUCAUAAACGAGUAGAAUAUACAUUCAAAACAAAUAUUAUUGCCAUGUUUGAUUUGGUACGAUAUGCAGUUCCACAUAUUCCAAAAGGUGGAGCAAUCAUCAACGUCGGUUCAAUUCAAGCCUACGAUCCAUCGGCUGAAAUCUUAGAUUAUGCGGCCACAAAAGCUGCUAUUGUUGGUUUUACAAAAGGUUUAGCUGAUCAACUUAUAGAAAAAGGCAUUCGUGUUAAUUGUGUCGCGCCUGGCCCCGUUUGGACACCAUUAGUCAUUGCUUCCUUUAAAAAGGAAAAAAACGCCCAAUUCGGUUCAAAUUAUCCCAUUAAACGACCAGCACAACCCAGAGAAUUAGCACCUUCAUUUGUUUUCUUAGCUUCUGCGGCAGAUUCAUCCUAUAUAUCCGGUGAAAUUCUUGCCGUUACCGGUGGCAAACAAACUGCAUAG